GAAUCCUCUGCUUCUCCUCAUUCGACGAACCGCUGCUGUCGCCGAUUCCGCCUCCGAGUCGACUCAGUCCUCUUUCUCAUUCGCCCUGUUUUCCAUUUUAUUUUAACCAUUAUAUAAUAUAUAUUUAUAUUAUUUAUAUUUUCUUUCUCUUUUUUAAUAAAUAAUUUCUCUUCUCUUUUUUUUUUUUAUUUUCAAUUUUAUAGUGAUUAUAUUUUAGUAUAUUUUUAGUAGUAGUCGAUUUGAUUGACUCAGUGAGUUCGGCAACGAGUCGAAUCGUCUCCGGUCCGAUCCAUGAGGCUUAUCUCCCCGUUGCCCCACACGAGUCAGCGCGCAGAUCCACCUCCGAUGGCCUCCAACUCCGCCGUCCGCCUUCCGCCGCCUUGCCCUCAUCUCGCCGCCUACCGCUCCGGCUGCGGCGGUUCAGGACUGCGAUCGCUCCAUCGCUGCCUCCGCCGGCGGCCCCCGCUCGGACGCCCCGAGGUCCGUCGUGACCAAGGCGAGGUGCCCCGCUGUGGCGCCUGCCAAGGUGGUGGCGCUCGGUUGUACGCUUGCCUUGCGUGCGCCGCCGUGUCCUGCAGCCGCCACGCCCCCGACCACGCCGCGAUGCGCCCGGGGCACGAGAUCGGCGUCGACGUCGACCGGGCGGAGCUGUUCUGCGCCGCGUGCCGCGAUCAGGUCUACGAUCCCGAUUUCGACGCUGCCGUAGUGAUCGCGCUUACCGCGCCCGCAGCAUCCUGGGCCCCGCAGACGCGGACGGGGAGUCGGGCGAAGCGUCCUAGGAGGGUGGAGUACCGCCGGUGGGCACCCGAUGCGGACGAGCGAGCGGUGAUCGGGCGGAGAUCUGGCCCUUUGCUCGUCCGCGAGGACAAUGCCUACGCUUGCUCCACCACCGCCACAGUGAAUUCGACGGCUAACGCUGCUACCACCUCCUCUGCUACCUCUUCCGCUUCGCUGCCGUGGGGAUUGAGGGGUUUGAACAAUCUGGGCAAUACCUGCUUCAUGAACUCUGUGCUGCAAGCGCUGCUACACACACCAUUGCUGAGGAACUAUUUCUUGAGCGAUCGGCACAACCCCCUCGUCUGUCAGCAGAAGACCAGGAAGAAGUCUACCGCCAAGGAUAGGAACAAUGGUCGGGAUGGAGCAGGCGGCUUGCAAAUCUGUUUGGCCUGUGACUUGGACGCGAUGUAUUCGGCUGUCUUCUCCGGCGAUCGGAAGCCUUACAGCCCUGCCAAAUUUCUUUACAGCUGGUGGCGAUAUGCAUCAAACCUCGCAAAUUAUCAACAGCAUGAUGCACAUGAAUUUUUCAUUUGCAUGCUUGAUGGAAUCCAUGAAAAGGAGCAGGAUCCGUGCAAACCUUCCAGCCAUGAAAGCAGUGGAGAAUGCUGCAUUGCUCAUAGGGUCUUUUCGGGUACCUUGAGAUCAGAUGUCACUUGCACCAUUUGUGGGUUUACAUCUACAACAUAUGAUCCUUGCGUCGACAUAUCCUUGGACUUAGACUCUAAGAAGAAUUCUACGAAAACAAACGGUCCCAAACACCACAUGAACGGCGGUGUAACGAAGUCAAUAUCCACGGGCCAAAAAUCCGGAACUUCUACCCUUAUGGAAUGUCUUGAUCGCUUCACGAGACCAGAAAAACUGGGUGUUGACCAGAAGCUCUUCUGCCAACAAUGCCAGGUGAGGCAGGAAUCCUUGAAACAGAUGUCGAUAAGGAAGAUUCCACUGGUAACUUGCUUCCACAUCAAGCGUUUCGAACAUUCGUCAAUGAAGAAAGCAUUGAGGAAGGUGGACCAAUAUCUGGACUUCCCAUUUUCCCUCGACCUGGCCCCAUAUCUCUCAUCCUCCAUCCUCCGAGCCAGAUAUGGCAACCGUGUGCUGGCCUCUGAGGAUUACAACUCAGAUUCAGAUGCAUCAGUCGAGUUGGUUUCAAACUUGGAGCUCUUCGCGGUGGUCACCCACAGCGGCAAACUAGAUGCCGGCCAUUACCUGACGUACCUUCGUCUCAACAGCCAAUGGUACCGGUGCGAUGACGCAUGGAUCACUCACGUCAACGAGAGCAUGGUACGGUCUUCGCAGGCGUACAUGCUCUUCUAUGUACAGAAAAUUCUUUACUACAAAGCAAGUGAGAGUCUGAUCAGCCCCUGAAGUACUCCUAUUUGUCAAUAACAAGCUCCAGUUUUGACACCAGAAAGCCAACUUACGAGCAGCUGAUUGCAGAUUUACCGACUUCUAUAUUCUAAAGUCUCCUACAGACUACCUCGAUACAACCUAAACAAAUUGAUUGAUAUUAGAGUGUCUUUUGACCCAAUGAGUUGUCAGUUUUUUUGGUACAACUUAACAGCGCUAGCAGCUGUUUGUACUUGAGAUCUUCCACUCCUUCAGAGGAUUGAAGGGAACCCUUAGGUUUAGAGGUUGUCCUCUCUGCUAAAUGUAGUCGACAUUUUGUCGGUUAGUAUUGCUCACUUGUUGCUUCAAGCAUUUAUGCUUGAAGGUUGUUCCUUUAUUUCUCUCUCUAUGAAGUAACUUGCUCAUGGUAUGUGAUUUAUCGGUCUCGUCUUGUGAAGUCGAUGAUCGCGAACUAAGGAACACAAGCAAUUGGAAGGGUUGAA